UGCACCCCUGUGUGAGCACUGUGUAAAGGUUGAGAGAUGAGACCAGCUGUGCUAUGUUUUUAACAAAGACUGAACUAUUGGAUUCAGCUUCCUUACGCUGUGUAGUGUAGUUGUGUGUAUCGCACAUUACAACUGAAAACUGUAUCUUUAUGUAGGUUCUGCUUAGCCUAAAGUUAAUCCAAAGUUCUGCCUAUCCGGCUGCAGAGAUAAGACACCAAGCCAGAGCACUGAAUCUAGACUCUCGUCUGUGGAACGAUGACGUAACAUGGGUUUCGCCAGUUUCAUCGUUGACAAAGUGUGUUCACACAAAGAAGUGCUUGUCAACAUUGUGACCAUCAUUAACGCUUGCUUUCGGACAUUUAGAAAAGUUUUCGCAACAUGGCGUAGAAGUCCAUCGUUAGAAAUUUAUUAAGCAGAAAUGUCUGGCUUUUGGCGAUAACAUGGAAGGGGAGCUAACUGGCAUCAGUGAAAGUGAAAGUAAGAUUGUCCUGCGUGGGUCCUUCUCUACGGAACCUUGUACUGACGAUAUCUUUCAUGCACCGUAUGAUUUGACUGUAGUAGAUGACACUGACGAGUCGCUAGUUAUUGCUAACCAGCCUAGAAAAAGUUCCAGAAAAACGGCAGAUAAUUCCUUUCAUUCACCUUUCAAUGACGCCCACAGCGAAAGAAACUGGUCGAGUGGACUCUGUGAAUGUUCAGGUCAAAGUCGCUCAUGUUUAGCACUGUGCUGUUGUUGGCCAGUCUACAGAUACUCCCUAGCUACCCGGUUAGGGGAAACACCUUUCAUGCCACUUAUUCCUUGUGCUGCCUUUGCUCUUAGGGUCAAAAUUAGAGCUCUUUUUGGAAUUAAGGGAUCUAUUCUCAAAGAUUUUUUGACCACUUUGUGUUGUGAACCUUGUGCUGUGUGUCAGAUGACCAGAGAAAUGGACAAUAUAGGCCUUUGACACACACACACACAAAAUCAACAGACAUAGUGUCGUUAAAAACAUUUCCUGCUAACUUGCGUAAACAUUGUUUUUUUGGUAAGUGUAGAACAAAACGUUCUUGGAUGUACAUUAGUCACUAAAUGAAGGAAACAGCAUGCUCAUUAUUGAAGAGGACUAAGUCAAGCAAAGAUUUGUAUAGCUGUCCAAUUCUAUUUAUUAGAAGAACAACGCUAUCCUGCUGAGCCUCUUUCAUUUUAAAGCUCACUUGAAGGUCUUGCGGUUUCAACUUACCUCCUAAAUACCAUACAAUAUAAACAAGCAUUUUAUGUACAUUCUACUGUACCAUAUAAACAUCUUAUAUGUAGGCUUAUCUAAGAAAGCCUUUAGAAAGAACAUAACAGGCCCUAAAGAUCCGGAAAGUAUUCCUAGAUGGUGAGACUUUUGACGACCACAGUGCUGUCCAUAUACACUUCCCCCCUGAUUUUCAAAACCAAUUGGCGCCUAAAUCGAUUCUAUUUCACUUUGGACCUUGGAAAUGCUUCCCGGUUGGUCCCUAAACUUGAAGUGAGAGAUUUUAAACGUGGGCUACAUUUAUAGAUAUCACUUAUUUUUUAUUUUAUUUUACUUGCAAUAGGCUUUUGUGUAUUGGUAGUAGGGCCAAAAUCGUGAUUCAAUUGUCACUCUGUUAGUUAACUAGUUGGUGUUUUCAUAAUUGUAUCUAUUGUAUUUAUAUAUUUGAAACUUUGCUCACAGCUCAAACUUAAAUUGUGUUCUUUAUAUCUAAAAAAAUGUAUGCUUAUCGAUAUGAUGUAGACCUAUCUAUUGACAAUACAUUAAUGCAGGGAUGAGACAACUACAGAUCGUGGGUGGCAGGCAGUGUAAGCUUAGUGGAGGUUUAGUUUAUGGCUCGCAUUAGAUUUGAGAAAUUUGUUGCCAAUAUUUAUUCGAAACCACGGAUCAAAGGUCAUUGUUUGGCGUUAUAAAUGUAUAGACGGACUGGUUCUUGGUCUUUUAGGCCGCCGCUUGGAAAUGUAAGGACCGCGCGACACCAAUGAUGGGAUGUCACGUAUUUUAAAAAAAUGUCCGUAAAUAAGAAAAGGAUAAAAAAUGUAUGAUGUGAUUGGAGCUAGAAACCCGAUCAAAGUUUAUGCACGUUAAUUGUUUUUUUUUUUUUUUUUUUUACAAAUAAUUCUGUUAGCUAUUUCAUCAAAAAAAAUUGGUAAUUGUGCCAAUUAGUUGGACCAGUCUUGUAAGUACAUUUGUAAUAGAUCUAGACUAACAAUAUGUGCGAUUAGAAAUAUUUUUACCAAUUGUUUUUGUUUCGCUCAAUGUCAUGCUUUUAGCUUUGUCAGUGCAUCCCUUGUCUGGACCAGUUGGAAAAAGGGAGGGGGAAAGAAUGGGUGAAGGUUACUGUGAUCGCUUUUUAAAUGGAUUAUAUAUAGGCGUGUAUAUAUUUAAACAAUUGUACGACUUGAAUUCGAGCUCGAGGGCUUAAGCCUCCUCAAUCUAAUACACUAACCACCGUGACAGCCAAGUGCUUAUGAAAAUUGAAGGUUUCAUAGCUAUAGCCUAUAUUGUUAGUUUCAAACUUUUAAGCAACUAUUUAAUUCUCUACACAAAGUAUAAAUGGGACUAAUUCAACUUUAUACUGCCACAUAAGUUAAGCACAAUUUCUUUCCCUUGUUCGAUAACAAACAAAAUAAUUAAUUAGCUAACUGGUUUUUUAAUAUUGAUUCUAGUUUUGUCGGAUACAAGAAAUAGUAGUACAAAGUUUCAAAUUGAUCCGAGAAUGGGUGUGGGAGAAAUAAUGUGUUCAAACUUUUUUACCAGAGAGACAGAGUUGACAUAAGCUUUGUAAAUACAAAGAGCAGGUGACAUUGAGAAUACUCGAUGGUGAUUGGCUAUAAUUUCAAUGGCGUCAUGGAUCAGAACUAGUAUACUUGCUUCCUAGUUCAAUGAACAUUAUGCCAAUAUGUCAACAAUUAGGUACAUCUAUUUCUUAUUAAUUAUAUUUUGAAUAAAUUGUAUGUAAAUAAACUUUCCUUUUUCUUGAUAAUUAUUAUGACUGGUGACAACUUGAAAUGAAGCUCUACUGUAAAAUGUAAUAUAAAUGUAGAACAGCACUGUUAUUUUUAUUAUUCUGAAUUCAUUUUAUGCAUUUCAAAUUGUAAUGGAUGGAAGUGGAUCUGAAGAAAUCAAGUUUUUAAAUGUAGCUUGACAUCCCUGCAUUUAUGUACUACAAUAUAUACAGAACUAUGUCUAAACUAAAUAAAGCAAUGCAGAACUAUUUGUUUACCUACAAAGAAAGUCCUUUUGUUGUCAUGAAAUACUUACUAGAUGUAGUAUUGACCAUUACAUUUUAAAUAAGUUAAAGCGUUUUUAAAGACAAAGGUGCAUGUACAGCUGAUAGAUAUGAAAACCACUGUACGAGACUUUUAAUGAUGAUUCGAGUUCAAAUACUGUCUGCUGCCAUCAUCUCCUGUUCCACAGGAGGCCAAGGACGUAAUAAUCUCCCUUCCUGGGGAACUCUCAGAUCUUAUAAAACAAACAAAGCCUGAUAUAAUGACUGAGCAAGAAGAAAAAAAGAAGACCGCUAAGUGUUGGAUAAUUAUUAUAAUUAUGGGCCAACAGCUACAGCAAUGUUUCAAUAAGUACAAUAAAUACAUCCACUGGAUAGUUUUAUUACUGAUAAAUAAAAUGAGAGACAAUUCCAAUCUAACAUGUAUUCAUAUAUACAAGUCCAGGAAAAUAUGUAUAAUAUACAAGCAUAUAAACAGGGAAAAAACAUUGAAAUACUUUUGUUUAAAUGAGAAUAAGAUAAACAGAUUGCCUUCCAUACAAAACUGUCAAUGUGGAGAUAUGAAUCAUUAUGCUCAUGUCAUACUAGAGUUACAGAUGUUAAUGUAGAUGCUUGCUUGUUUAGUCAGUAUCAGUCUGCAAAACAUCCCAUAUGGGCAUAUAAGAAAGAUAAAAAAAAAAAUUAAAGAUAAAAAAACACCCUUUAGCUCAAGAUUCUAACAUUUUACCUUUAUAUUUAUAGGGAACAUACAAGACACAAACCACAAAUACAGACAC